ACAUGUGAUACAGUUGAUAUACUUGCCUCUUAGUCAUAUUCCCCCUGUUUUGAGACUUUUCAAGGGUUUAUCCUUUCCUUUCAACGACGUCAAUGCUUCCAUCGUUUGAAAAGAGACCGUAUUUGUUUUCAAAGCGAGAUACAAAUCCGAACUGGCGAGAAUUAAGUGCAGUUAAGAAUGUCAUCAACGUUACAGACGUCGAGUGUUCAGUAACCGAGCGUGAACGCGCUAAAAACACUAAAUCGCGAUUACAUUCUCGAUCAAGUCAUAGACGCGAUAGCCUUCCUACGAUAAAAGAACCGUCAGCCCCAGAUUUAACACGAACUUCGACACCAAGCACAGCAGCUGUAAGCGAUGAAGGCGGUCAGUUGCUUGGAUCGAAAAACGAAAACGUCCGUUUGUGCAUCAAACGAUGGAGGAAAAUGGGCCUGAGCAGAUCGAAUGCGUCUACCUUUCAUUUCGAGCCCCUGCAGAGUUUCAAAAAAUUAGCAAGAAUAGUGCUGAUUGUGAUUAGACUUGGAAAUGCUCUUAAAAGUGACCCCAAAGCCAUUUUCCGCGAGGAUGGAAUUUCUAAGUCGUUACUGGAGAUCAUGGAAGGCUACAUGACAACAAGAGAAAAACACUUAAAGGGUGACAAUAAACAGAACAUUCCUGGUUUCUCUACUGCUGCUCUUGUGUUUGACCCAAAACAAUUCAAGGCCAAUAAAGAGGUAAAGAUUAGCAAGGAAGUCAAACAGUUGUUAACCACCCGGCCAGAUGUGCGCACAAGCGACCAACUUCAAACUGUGUUGUACGCUCUUCAAACCUUGGAAUCUUUCUCUGAGCUCCCUCUCCAUAUGCAACAAGAUGUGUGCAAAGUUGCCUGGUUACAAAGCCUUCCCCCGAAUAAAGUAAUUAUAAAACAAGAUCACGUGGCCGAAAACUUUUAUUUCAUCAUCAAUGGAACGGUAACUGUGCUAUCCGAAAAUGAU